AUGGGAUCGAGAGCUGGUGAUGGAAAUCGCGCGAAUUCCAGAAAUGGCCAAUAUGCUGGUUUAACAGUUGAUUGCCGUCAGAUUGAGACUUUGAGUAACUUAACUUUUGCGUGUUUUGAUAAUUGUUGUGGAGAUUUGUUGACAGGCCAUGAACAAAGUCACACACAUUUGUGGGAUGAGGAUGAUUUUCCUUCACUUUCUGAUGGUAUUAAAUCCCGGCCAGCAGGGAAAAGGAGGACACGGAUAGACUUGGGUAGUCCUAGUCCUAGUCCUAGUUCUAGUUCUAGUCAAUGGAACUCGAAGGACAUUCGAAAGUUCGGCUCUUUGCAACCUUCUACAAAUCACGAGUAUGAUACAGAAUUGCCUGCCAACUUUAGCAAAAAGCAUCCAUAUGCUAGAAAUCGAGCGUCUCCUCAUGAACGUGGAGAAUCAAAGAAAGCUUCAGUAUCCUCUCCAAGCACUACUAAUCACCAUUAUGAUACAGAAUUGCCUGCCAACUUCCGCAAAAAGAAUCCAUUUAAUAGAAAUUGGGCUUCUUCUCAUGAACGUGGAGGAUCAAAGAAAGCUUCAGUAUCCUCUCCAAGCACUACCAAUCACCAGUAUGAUACAGAAUUGCCUGCCAACUUUCUCAAAAAGCAUCAAUUUCCUAAUAAUCGGGCGUCUUCUCAUGAACGUGGAGGAUCAAAGAAAGCUUCAGUAUCCUCUCCAAGCACUACCAAUCACCAGUAUGAUACAGAAUUGCCUGCCAACUUUCGCAAAAAGCAUCAAUUUCCUAAUAAUCGGGCGUCUUCUCAUGAACGUGGAGGAUCAAAGAGAGAUUCAGUAUCCUAUCCAAGCACUGCCAAAGAUGAACCUUUUGACAUAUGCUUCCCUCACUCCGAACCCAACCGGGAGCUUGUGUAUGAGAAAUAUUGUGGAAAAGAGUGGAUCCCAGAGUUAGAAUUUAAAGAUGAAGAUAACGAGCAUGAGGAAGGUUUCAAGGACGAAAAAGACUCAGAUGAGGUUUCUAGUGAGGUUCUUAGACCUGGAAUGGUACUAUUCAAGGGUUAUAUACCCAUCUCCGAGCAGGUGAGCAUAAUCAAAAGAUGCCGAGAACUAGGUUAUGGUCCGGGGGGUUUCUACAGACCCGGUUAUGAAGAUGGUGCUAAACUCCGCCUAUACAUGAUGUGUUUGGGUCAAGAUUGGAACCCUCAAACGAGAAAGUACGAAAAGAUACGCCAGCAUGAUAAUGUUUUACCCCCUGAUAUUCCUCAUGAAUUCUCUUCCUUGGUCCGCAAAGCACUCGAUCAUUCCCAUGAUCUGUUCAAAAGAGACAUGAAUAAUCGAGCAAGUGUCGAUGACAUACUUCCUGCAAUGUCCCCAGAUGUGUGUAUAGUCAACUUUUAUACUACUAAUGGGCGACUCGGUCUUCACCAGGAUCGUGAUGAAAGCAAGGAGAGUCUUGCAAAAGGUCUUCCUGUUGUGUCUGUAUCUAUUGGUGAUUCAGCCGAUUUUCUGUAUGGCGAUCAUAGGAGCGUGGAUAAGGCUAAGAGCGUCUUAUUAGAAUCAGGUGACGUGCUUAUAUUUGGCGGAAAAUCUAGGCAUAUUUUCCAUGGUGUGACAGCUGUUAUUCCAAAUACAGCUCCUCGUGCCCUGCUGAACGAGACGAGACUUAAACCCGGCAAGGCACACCAAUACAUUAUCUGUACAUUACCAUUUNGAGCCCGCGGGCUUUCCACGAGGCCCGUCUCGUGCUCUCCUGUAGACGAACCCCCCGCCGCCUCCGAAUUUCCAAAAAUACCCCCCUUCGACUACGCUCCCCCUCCUUACAUGGGCCCCACCUCGUCAGAAAUCCUCGCCAAGCGGAAGCAAUUCCUCAGCCCUUCCAUGUUCUACUUCUACAAAGAACCUAUCAAUGUGGUUCAUGGUAAAAUGCAAUACUUAUAUGACGAAACUGGCCGGAGAUACUUAGACUCGUUUGGCGGCAUUGCCACCGUGUCAUGUGGCCAUUGCCACCCUCACGUGGUGGAGACUAUCGUCCGGCAAACAAAAACCCUUCAGCACUCGACCAUUCUCUACCUAAACCACUCGAUUGCCGAUUUUGCCGAGGCCCUGGCAUCUAAGCUACCCGACGAACUCAAAGUUGUAUUCUUCACUAAUUCCGGGACAGAAGCGAACGAGCUAGCGAUGAUGAUGGCUCGACUUUACACGGGCUUUCACGACAUCGUGUCACUAAGGAAUUCGUAUCAUGGGAAUGCAUCAGGAACAAUGGGAGCCACUGGUCAAUGUAACUGGAAAUUCAAUGUUGUUCAGAGUGGAGUUCAUCAUGCCCUGAAUCCGGACCCGUACAGAGGCCCAUUUGGUUCGGAUGGCAAAAAGUACGCAAAGGAACUCGAGGAUUUGAUUCAGUUCGGGACUUCGGGUCACGUAGCUGCUUUCAUAUCAGAGGCUAUUCAGGGAGUUGGUGGAAUUGUGGAAUUAGCUCCGGGCUACUUGCCGGCCGUGUACGGAAGCAUCCGGAAAGCAGGAGGCCUUUGCAUUGCGGACGAGGUCCAAACAGGAUUUGGUAGAGUCGGGAGCCAUUUUUGGGGAUUCGAGACUCAAGGCGUUGUGCCCGACAUAGUCACAAUGGCUAAGGCGAUUGGAAACGGGAUCCCUUUAGGUGCAGUCGUGACUACUCCUAAGAUUGCCGAGGUAUUGACUCAUAGAAGCUACUUCAACACUUUUGGAGGGAAUCCCGUUUGCACGGCAGCUGGACUAGCCGUGCUUAGAGUGAUCGAGAAUGAAAACCUUCAAGAAAAUGCACAUAUUGUUGGCUCGUACCUAAAAACGCGACUCGAUGAUCUUAAACAAAAGCAUGAAAUUAUUGGUGAUGUGAGGGGAAGAGGAUUUAUGCUUGGAGUUGAACUAGUCACCGAUCGCAAGGCGAAAACUCCGGCAAAGGUCGAAAUUCUUCAAGUGAUGGAUCAAAUGAAAGAUAUGGGAGUGCUGGUCGGAAAAGGGGGAAUUCACGGCAAUGUUUUCAGAAUUACGCCUCCCCUGUGCUUUAGUCGCGCAGAUGCUGAUUUUCUAGUGGAUGUGAUGGAUUAUACAUUGGCCAAGCUAUGAAAGUUCUGCCAUAAAAUUUAGUUAAUAAAUCAGACAACAUGUUGAGCCAUGAAGAUGAUUUGCAUUUCUCAGACAGAAAUUUGUUCACCAAAAUGUGUUAUUAUUAUUAGCUAAAAGUUUUGUCUAUGUACAUUAGAUCCCAA